CCCUCACUGCUUAUCACAACUAUGACUGAGAAGAGAUCUCGCAGCUCUUCCAGAGAGCCUCCUCAGAAACAGAGAGACAAUUCUAGUCAAGGCUCUAAAAGAGAAAAGAAAAGCAGCCAAAGCUCAGAAAGAUCUAGGUCUGGAAGAAGUAGGGAGCCCAGCAAGAAUCAUGCAAAGGUUUCUGCUGUGGUCGACGUGGAUGAUGUGUUGGCUUCAGACCAGGAGACAGAAGUUAUGGCUCUUUUGGAAAUUGGACAGAAGGAUGAAGCCUUGAAGCCCACAGGUCUCCAAGUAUGUGAGGUGAUCCUCAUUUGCUGCUGUCUUCUGCUGCUAAUCCUCACUUUCCCUCUCUCCAUCUGGUUCUGUUUCAAGAUUGUAAGGGAGUAUGAGCGAGUUAUUAUAUUUCGACUAGGGCGGUUGUUACCAGGACGAGCUAGAGGACCAGGGCUGUUUUUUUACCUCCCUUGUUUGGACAAGUGUCGCAAAGUGGACUUCCGCAUUAAAACCUUUGAGGUUCCUUUUCACCAGAUUGUGACCAAGGAUCUGGUUACUUUAGAGGUUGAUGCAGUUUGUUACUAUCGCUUAGAAAAUGCCUCUCUCUUUGUGACCACUGUAAGCAAUAUGUCCAGUGCACUGCAAUUGCUCAUCCAAAGCACAACAAAGCGUAUCCUGGCACACAAAUCGUUUCCCGAUAUCUUGCUGGAGAGAAGAUCCAUUGGACAGGAAGUGAAGGUCGCUCUGGAUGCUGUAACUUGCCACUGGGGGAUCAAAGUGGAAAGGACAGAAAUUAAAGACGUAAAACUGCCAGAAGAGGUCAAGCAGACAAUGGCCAUUGAGUCGGAAGCACAAAGGCAUGCUAAAGUAAAGAUUCUUGCAGCAGAAUGUGAGAAGACUGUGUCUGAAUCACUGAAAGUAGCAGCAGAAACUUUAUCUGGAUCCCCCACUGCAGUUCAACUCCGUUACCUGCACACAUUGCAAUGUAUGACUUCUGAAAAACCCGCCACCUUCCUAGUACCUUUUCCCUUUGAUCUUAUGAAUCUCAAUGUUUUGCCCAAAGUGCAGCAAAAUAACACGGACUCGCCCAAAUUAGAUACAGAAGCCGAUCAGGAUACCAAGAAGGACUCACCAAUGCUGUAAUUUAACAAACACUUUGAUUAUGUUUAUCUGAUACAAUUGUAAUACAUAUUGCCCCAUUUUUAGAUGCUUAGGGGGUUAUUUACUAAAGAAAAAUCCACUUUGUACCACAAGUGCACUUAGAAGUGCAGUUGCUAUAGAUUUUAGGGGUACAUGUAAGGAAAAUAAAAAAUAGCAUUUUUGCUUGUACAUGAUUGGAUAAUAAAAUCAGCAGGGCCUCCCCUC